CUCAGAUACUUGAUUGCACGAGAAAUCGUUGUCGCCGUACCCUCCGCCGUCUGGGGUUCGAAGCCCAAUUCCUGCUAGCGCUGCGCGGCCAUUCUUGGAUCUCAUACGCAAAAGCGCGUCUUGAAGUCUGGACAGGGCUGCGCAUUCACCCCACACCGAAAGCGGGGAGGCCGAGCCAUGAAGUCAGGACGGCGCACUCAGCCAGCACAUCUCAGAGUUGUCCGAUUGUGGCAGCUUUGCUUGUGUUGAUUACGGUCUUCGCGACUUGGCUUUUACCGCUUCGAUUUUCCAUCCCCUGUUUUGUUUUGACCCGUAUCUCCAGUUGACCGACUCACCACGCCUGGACCCUGAUCUUACCGCUAAUCUAGAUCUUCCAGAUACCUCCACUCAAACAAAAUGGGCCACGAAGAUGCCGUCUACCUCGCCAAGCUGGCCGAGCAGGCCGAGCGCUAUGAGGAAAUGGUUGAGAACAUGAAGAUCGUCGCCUCUGAGGAUCGCGAUCUUACCGUCGAGGAGCGGAAUCUUCUCUCUGUUGCCUACAAGAACGUCAUUGGCGCCCGCCGCGCGUCGUGGAGGAUCGUCACCUCGAUCGAGCAGAAGGAGGAGUCUAAGGGCAACUCUACCCAGGUCUCCCUGAUUAAGGAGUACCGCCAGAAGAUCGAGGGCGAGCUCGCCAAGAUCUGCGAGGACAUCCUCAGCGUUCUCGACAAGCACCUUAUUCCCUCCGCUAAGACUGGGGAGUCCAAGGUCUUCUAUCAUAAGAUGAAGGGUGAUUACCACCGUUACCUUGCCGAGUUUGCCGUUGGCGACCGGCGCAAGGACUCGGCCGACAAGUCGCUCGAGGCUUACAAGGCGGCCACCGAAGUUGCCCAGACCGAGCUUCCGCCCACUCACCCCAUCCGCCUUGGUCUUGCCCUCAACUUCUCCGUUUUCUACUAUGAGAUUCUCAACGCACCGGACCAGGCUUGCCAUCUUGCCAAGCAGGCCUUCGAUGACGCUAUUGCCGAGCUCGACACAUUGAGCGAGGAGAGCUACAAGGAUAGCACCCUGAUUAUGCAGCUUCUCCGCGACAACCUGACUCUCUGGACGUCGUCCGAGGCCGAGCCCCCCGCUGCUGCAGGCCAGGCCGACGCCCCCCAGCAGGAGGAGCCAAAGCCGGAGACGGCUGCGGAGGAGCCUAAGGCCGAGUAGCCGGUUCCGUUCCAUGUUUCUAGUCUCAUUGGUAGUGAUUACCCACGGUUUAUCUUGGCAAACCUUCGGUGGAAACGGUGUCUUUGGAGCGCGGACUGGAGAUCCCUCGUACCUUUGCAUGUUUACGGACAGAUACACACGAGACUUGGUGGGCGGUUUAUCGCGGCAGUUAAGGGCUAGAGUGCAGCAUUUUGGAGGGUUUCCUUUCCUUUCUCAGAUUGCUUGCUUUUUAGACUCUUGGCUCGCGAAGAUCGUCUAGACAAGGAAAUAUAAAACCCCUUCACAAACCG